AAACCAUAAGGAGUCAGGUAGCGCCACCAAGCGGGUUUUGACUGUGAUCAUGUGGGCCUACUAAACCAAAAGGAUCCGGACUUUACAGAAAGUGCGGAGACUCUGACGUGACCGUGAGGCGAUUCUUUUCCUCAGCGGGGGCUUUUUGAGUUUUAAGUCGUUCGUCAAACCGCUUUUGAACUUUAUUUGGAAUAUAACUGUAUCCUUUUUGUUGGAUCUGGCACCUGGACCGAUCUGCAAAAAAAACAAAAACCUUCCUCCCCCCAGGAGUGUCAUCUUUGCGAUUCUGACAUGCUCCUCAGCCGCUUUGUUGCUGUGUUCAUCUUAUACUUCACAGCUGCUUGUGGGACCACAGUGUAUGACACCCACAGCGACUUUGCAGAAGACGACUACACGCCUCGACUAGACUACAAAGACCCAUACUGGUGUCAUUCCCUGCAUCUGACCAAUGGGGAGGUGACCUGCCACUCCCCUCGCGGCGGGGCCUACCGGAGCACACUGGGCACCCGCUGUGAGAUGAGCUGCGAUCGGGGGUACAGACUGCUGGGAAGGAGCUCCGUCCAGUGCCUCGCCAACCGACGCUGGUCUGGGACCGCCUUCUGCCGCAGGAUGCGUUGCCAUGUGCUGCCCCUCAUCCCACACGGCAGAUACACCUGCACUCAUGGCUUUGUGGUGGACUCCAGGUGUGACUUCACCUGCGACCCUGGCUAUCGCACUGAGGGGGAGCACUCACGCACCUGUCAGCAUGGGGGGUCAUGGAGCGGUGUGCAGCCAGUUUGUACAGAUACCGAUCCUCCAAAGAUCAAGUGCCCUCCAUCCAGAUUUAAGUUUGCAGAGCCUGGAAAACUCACUGCUACGGUGACCUGGGACCCCCCUGCUGCGAGAGACACUGCUGAUAAAUCACUCGAUGUGAUAUUAGUAGGCCAGGAGCCAGGAACCGACUUUAAAGAGGGAGCAAACAUCAUCCGUUACAAAGUGUACGAUCAAGCCAGGAACAGAGCUGCCUGCAAGUUUAUUGUACGUGUUGAGGUAAGAAGAUGUCCAAAUCUGUUUCCACCUCUGCACGGCUACCUCACCUGCUCCUCUGAUGGCAAUAACUACGGCGCGACAUGUGAAUACCACUGCGAUGGAGGACAUGAACACAGGGGCGCAUCUAGUCGUGUCUGCCAGUUCAACCGCAACUGGGACGGAGACCCUGCUGAGUGUGUUCCAAUGGAGGUCAAAUCGGACGUGAAGACGGUCUCUGCUCUCCUGGAUCAGUUCUAUGAGAAGAGGCGGCUGCUGAUCAUGUCUGCGCCUAACAUGUCUGACCCAGACUACCAACUGCAGAACAUCAUGAUACAAAAAUCAGACUGUGGGUUAGACCUGCGACGUGUGACCGUGAUCGAGCUCCUAGACUCCCCGCCGCGUGAAAUAGGUCGCAUUAAAGAAAAUCUGCUCACUUCUGAGGUCAUCGAGGGUUUGAGACAAGUGUUCAGAAUCAGCAGAUCCUACUUCAGCAUGGUGCUGCUGGACGAGCUCGGAGUGGACCGGGAGCGCUUCAUUAUGCCGAUGGCGUCGGACGAGCUGUUCUCCUACAUCGACAGCUUCCUGCUGGAUGAAGAGGAACGGGAGAGGCUGGAGCUCAACAGAGACUUCUGUGACUAAUUUAAUAAACCCUCCCUGGUUGCCACAGUGAUAAACUCAUCAGUAUUACUAACACAAGAAGGACAACCAACCAGAAACCAGAUCCCGAGGGGCCUCAGGAGAAGCGAGAGGACAAGAGGACUGUUCUCGUCAUGUUGAAAUGUGAUCACUAUAUAACACUGAAGUGCUGGCACUGUUUUCUAUAUAUCAAAUCAUCACCUGAAAAGGCAUGGAGGCCAGGAAAUGGACAUGACAGACACAGGAAAAAUAACAGAAGCUUAAGUAAAACACAUAAGUAAACAACAGCAUAUAUUUUGACCCACAGAUACAUAACAUCUAUGCAUGAUGUGGAAUAGUAAAUCUGCCAUUUAAUGGGAACUAAAACAACCAUUUCCACAAAAGACUACUGAGGAACACUUGGGUGGAUGGACAAUAUUUUUUAAUCCAGCUGGUAUUUGAGUGUAACACAGAGCUGAGAUAAUCACAUGCGUCAGUUUUUAUUGGGUGAAUGAAAUAUUAAAAGCAUCCUUGAGGUGAACAUGACACUGAUUAAUCACACUCCAAGAGGUUAAAAAUCUACAUUUAAUAACUUCAAAUAAGAUCUCUGAAAACAAUUUAUAUAAAUAUAAUUUUUACAUGAUAGUUUUAAUGCAAAAUUCAAGAUUGAUCUAAGCCCAACUUGUUAGAAGCAACACUAUGAAUUCUGCGUAUUACCAGUUUGUGUUGAAUUGUUUCCCACAUUUCUGUGUAAUUCUGUACACUAUUAUAUAAUAAAGGGUGACACAUUA